AUGGAUAGGGACAGCGGCCAGGACUUCCCAGAGGCACAGAGUGGCGAGUUUGGGGACACAGGCGGUAGGCAAAAGAAGGCCAAGGCUGCUUCCAGAGCAGAGAGAAAAGGGGAUCUGGACCCUGGGACUGUUCUGGAGAUAUCGAGGUCUCUGAAGAAAAGAAUGCAGGAUAUUCUGAAGAAAGACAACGCAAACAACCUGGAGGGACGCCCGGCAACAGGAAAGAUAGAAAAUGUUGAAGAGAUAUCAGAUAUUCUGAUGAGCAAGGCGCUGCAAGAGAGUCUAUUGGAUGAGGGCAUUCUUGACGAGAUCAAAGGAUGGCUGGAGCCUCUUCCAGACAAGUCUAUGCCCAACAUUAAGAUCAGGAAGAGACUUCUUGACGUGCUCAAGACCAUGAAGAUUCACAAGGAGCACCUGGUCACUAGCGGGGUGGGGAAGAUCGUUUAUUUCUACAGCAUAAAUCCUAAGGAGUCGAAGGAGGUCAGGGCCUCUGCAAAGGCACUUGUACAGAAAUGGACGAACGAGGUCUUUAAGCCAGAAGGUGGAGAUUGA